AUGGCUGACAAGCAGUCUCUCCCUCCUUUAGGAGACGAAGAGAGCGGCGUUAUGGGGCUAACGGAGGUGGAACCAUCGCCCGUUGAGGAGACGCCCGUGGAAUUCAAGGACUACUUUCCGGCGCCGCAACAAUCUUCAAGAACGUCGACGCUCGGCCUAGGGAAACAUGGCCCCGCUUACUAUCUUAUGCGAGUGCAGAAGUACUCCUCAUACGCCUUCACCGUCUUCGCCUCCUUCCACGUCGCAAACACCUCGAUAAUACCGCUGCUUACGAAAUCCGUGCACGAGAGCAAUCGCUACCUCCUUCUCACCCGGCCAUACUACCAGUCCUCUCUCACCGAACCCUUACUCGUCGGAAUACCGCUUAUUGCGCAUGUGGCCUCCGGCAUCGCAUUGCGACUCUACCGAAGACGACAGGCCCUUAAACGAUACGGCGCGGAGACACAUCGGGAUAGAAGAACGAUACCUUGGCCGGCCCUGAGCGGGACAAGCGCACUGGGAUAUGCUCUUGUUCCGCUGGCGGGAUUCCACCUAUGGACCACGAGGAUAUUACCUUUGUACAUGCACGGGGAUAACUCGCUGAUAAGUCUCAACUACAUCAGCCAUGGCUUCACCCUGCACCCAUUUGUAUCAUUUGCAGGAUUCACAGCGUUGGUGGGAGUUGGGGCAUGGCACAUCGUCUGGGGCUGGGCCAGGUGGUUAGAACUCACGCCUACGCACGCGCGGGACACGGAUUCCAAGAGACAUCUUGUCAAGAAGAGGAGGUGGUACGGAAUCAACGCGGUAUCAGCAGCACUUGCGGGUCUGUGGUUAGCAGGCGGAUUGGGUAUAGUAGGAAGAGCUGGCAAGAUGGGAGGUUGGGUCGGCAGAGAAUUCGACGAGCUGUACAAUACCAUGCCAUUGAUUGGUAGGUGGAACUAA